AUGCACCAUCGUGUCAUGGGCACGAUCUCCAUCGCAGCCGUGACUUACUUCUUCGGAUGCGGUGGGCCUCUGGGAUCGGAGCCGAUCAUCUCGUCGACCGGGCCAGCCAUCGGUCUUCCGGCCAUGGUACUUUACCCGCUGCUUGUGACGGGGCCGUAUGCCUUCAUCGUGGUGGAACUGUGCUGUGCCUUUCCAGAGGGCGGCGGGUUUGCUAUCUGGGUGCUCAACGCCUUCGGGCGGUUCUGGGGCUUCCAAGUCGGCUACUGGUCGUGGACGGCCGGCGUCUUCAACACGGCGCUCCUACCGGGCUACUUGCUGCAAAUCCUGAGCGACUCGUACGGCGUCUCCAUCGAGUCCGACGUCGCGUGUUAUGCUGUGAAGACAGCCCUCGCUCUCCUGUUCACUCUUCCGAGUGUUCUGGGCACCAAGGUGGCGUCGCGUAGCUGCGUGACCCUGCUCGUCUGCGUGUUGGCCCCCGUGUUGGUCUUCACGGUUUGGGCCUACACUCGCGCACGCGACUACGUAGAUCUGACUGAAGUACGGCAUGAAGGCAUUGAACUGCACGCAGGCGACAACAUCCAAGUCGGCGAGAAGGCGAUCGACUGGGCGUUGCUGCUCAACACGCUGUUCUGGAAGUACGACGGCAUCAACAUCGCGUCGGUCUUCGGCGGUGAAGUGGCGAACCCCGCUGGGAUCUACUCGCGCUCAGUGGUCUUGACUGUGGUGCUGACGGUGCUGACGUACUUGGUGCCCAUGCCAGCGGCCAUCAUCGUGGACGACCCCAACUGGACCUACUUCACGCGCGACUCGUACCCUCAGAUCGCCGAGUCGAUCGGUGGUCCUGUGCUCAAGGCGCUCUUCGCCUUCUCUUCGUGUUGUACUGUAGCGGGGUUGUUCAUAUCGGGCAUCUUCUGCGAGUCCUUCCAGCUAGCAGGCAUGGGUGAGGCGCAGCUUCUUCCAGCUUGCUUUGCGUGGCGAAGCACGCAGUUCGACGCUCCAUUCGUGUCUGUGGGAGUCACUGCCGUGUUCACUAUCGCGCUGCUGGGUGUGGACUUCGACGACCUGCUGCCGAUGACCACGGUGCAAUUGAUGAUCAUGCUCACGGCGAUUCGACUGCGCAAGCUACUGCCGUAUAUCCCUCGGCCCACGAAAGUCCCCGGUGGUAAAAGUGUCCUCGCAGCCCUCGCCGUCCUCCCGACGGUCAUGCUCUGCUAUAUCGUCUUCGAUGCCUUCUCCGACCUCACGUCGGCGGCGAUCAUCUUGGCGUUCCUGGUACCCGGACUGGCCUACGGACUCUACGGACAAUACCGGGAUCACUCACGUGAAUUGGUGUGCUCGGGGUUUAUCUAG